AUGAGGCUCAACCUUGACCUACUUGAGGGCGAACGUGAGAAGACCAUUAUCCGAGUCGCCUCCUACCAGCAGCAGUUGAAGUCUUACUACGACAAAAGAGCUAAGGUCAGACAGUUUCAACCAGGCGACCUCGUGCUAAGAAAGGCUUUCAUCACCGCACCAAGACAAGGGUCGAAAAAGAUGAAUCCCAACUGGGAAGGCCCUUAUGUGAUCAGCCGGUCCGGGGGCAGAGGAAGCUACACAUUGGACACCAUGGAUGGGAAGCAAAUACCACGACAAUGGAAUGUUCACCAUCUCCGAAAUUUCUCAUUCCAAAAUGUCUUAUCUGCCUACAAAACACAAACAGUUGCCCAUAAGCAACGUCCUAAGGGAGACGCAGGGCGACGACCAAAGCGUCCUUCGGGAGACGCAGCCCGUAAAAAGCGUCCUAAGGGAGACGCAGGGUGCGCCAGGAAUUUCUUAAAAGGAGGUCUCCAUGCCUUCUGCGGGAAGUAUCCAGGAUCUGAAGUGCUUUGUGUUCUCACUCAUCUCUCUCCACUUCAAGAUCAAGCCUAUUGUGAGAGAAAGAGAAGCGGAGAAGACGAAGGAAUCUUUGACGAAUAUUCUCGUGGGGAAAAUCAUUCCCUCCACCUAUGCCUAAUCAUUGACAGUUUCUGUAAUUUUUGUUACUUGGAUGAUUAUGAGGGGAUUUUGGAAUUAGUUGAUUUUGCCGGUGUGAUGCACAGAGAUGUUAAGCCUGGAAACUUCCUCUUCUCUCGUAAGCUAAACAAAGGCUGUCUCAUUGAUUUCAACCUUGCCAUGGAUUUACAGCUAAAGUACACAAUUGGAAGUAAGUUGGUCUUUUAA